AUGUUUUCCCUCGCUGAAGGCUGUGGAUGUGUCAGUUUUCGCGGUGGGAAUCGAACACGGUCAUUCGGAGACGACUCUUCUUCGUGCCGUAGUUCGGAAAUUGAGCAAGAAGUUCCAAAAAAAAUAGGGAAGAGGGUGUUGAACGGCGAAUGCACAAUGAAGGCUCUCGCACCAUUCCUGAAGUUUUGGAAGAAAAACGACGUCAGCAUGAGUAAAGCCGAAAGAACUAUGAAGGCCGCCAUAUUGAUUCAACAAUGGUAUCGGCGUUACCUUGCUCGAAUGGAAGUUCGGCGACGCUAUACGUGGACCAUUUUUCAAAGUAUAGAAUACGCCGGUGAACAAGAUCAAGUGAAGCUGUACUACUUCUUCAAUGCGCUUCUCAGUCACAUGCGUGAUACGAGCGGUCGCCCAUCAUCGGAGAAAACUUCCAGAACCCCCUCAGUUUUGGAACAAGUAUUUUCCGAGGAGUCUGAUGAGGGUGGGGGUGUAGACGAAACGGCGCCUCCUAAAGCACCUCGCGGCCCCGAUAUUGACUUUCCAUUGCAGAGAAAGGAUAUCGACUUAUUAAUUGAAGCAUUUAGGAAGAAGAAGCAUCGUUUAAAUCCUAAGCAUGUAGCCCAGAUACUGAAGGAAGCUACGCAAAUGUUGAAAAGGCUACCCAAUAUUAACGUGGCGACAACGUCUAUAUCAAGUCAAAUUACUAUUUGUGGAGAUCUGCACGGAAAGCUCGACGACUUGUUGGUAAUAUUUCACAAGAAUGGGCUGCCUUCACCAGAAAAUCCAUACAUAUUUAAUGGAGAUUUUGUGGAUCGGGGCAAGAAGAGUUUGGAAGUAUUACUUCUGUUGCUGGCAUGUAUGUUGGCUUUUCCUGGGGGAGUUUAUUUAAACAGAGGCAAUCACGAAGAUCUUAUUAUGAAUUCAAGAUAUGGAUUUAUCAGGGAAGUACAUCAAAAGUAUCGACAUAACGCAGAGCGACUUUUGAAGCUUAUUGAGGGCGUAUAUCGUUGGCUGCCUUUAGCCACAAUUAUUAACAACCGCGUAUUCGUGGUUCAUGGCGGGAUAUCCGACAUGACUGACCUUGAUAUGGUACGCAGUCUCGACCGUGAUAAAUAUGUUUCGCUUCUGCGUCCCCCAGUUCCAGAAGGAGGAGCUCCAGGCACAGAACAAAUCGAUAAGACAGAAUGGAAACAGGUUUUCGAUAUUCUUUGGUCGGAUCCGCAAAGUUCUGGAGGAUGCAUCGCGAAUGCACUUCGUGGUGCUGGCACUUACUUUGGUCCCGAUGUGACAGCUUCCUUUCUUGGGAAAAACAAAUUGAGUUUUAUUGUAAGAAGUCACGAAUGCAAACCUGGCGGAUAUGAGAUACAACAUAGUGGAAAUGUAAUAACAAUAUUCUCGGCAUCAAACUAUUACGAGUUAGGAUCCAAUAAAGGUGCAUAUUUGAAACUAUGCGGUAAUUCGCUUGAGCGGCAGUUUGUUCAAUACACUGCUGCCGUAUCACGGACGCGCCGCCUCACGUUUCGUCAAAGGGUCGGACUCGUUGAAUCAUCGGCUAUGAGGGAACUGCACAAUCAUAUUAUGUUGGCGAGGCGUUCUUUAGAAGCAACCUUCCGGAGCAUGGAUUUGGAUCAAAGUGGGUUUAUAUCUGUAAGUGAUUGGUGUAACGCAAUGGAAGAAACCACGCAUCUCGGACUCCCGUGGAGGAUGCUCAAGGACAAAUUAGUACGCACCGAUCCGGAGACGCGACGUGUCCGUUACAUGGAUACCUUUGACUUAAAUCCUAAUAGGAUCGGGCGCAAGGCUGAAACACAAACUGUCGUGGAAACGCUAUACAAAAAUAAGAGGAGUUUGGAAGCUAUCUUUAAAAUUCUCGAUAAAGAUAACUCAGGAUAUAUAACACUAGAAGAAUUUUCAGAAGCUUGUCAGUUACUAGGGAAAUAUAUGCCAAAUUCUAUGACUCAGGAACAGCUGGUAGAUAUUUGUCGAUUGAUGGACAUUAACAAGGAUGGCUUAGUUGAUCUGAAUGAAUUUCUUGAAAGUUUCCGGCUCGCAGAGAAAAGUCUUCACGAAGAGGAGAAUGAACUUGCUGAACUACAAGCAACUUGA